ACCAGAAUUUUUUUUUUUUUAUUCUUUACUUGAACACGCAAAAAAAAAAGAGAGAGAUAGAAAUGAUGAUGAAGAGGCAAUUGAUAUUUGGAGUGAUUUUGCUCGGACUCUUGGUGAUUUUCUUGGCCACCACACCAGUCGAAGCGGCUAGGCCGUUACGAACCGAUGGUAAGAUCCAGUUCGUGCUCCAGUUGCUGCAAAGAGGUACGGUGCCACCGUCAGGUCCAAACGGUUGUACCAACGACCCAAAAGGCUCGGGAACGUGCCACGGCUGAGC